AGCCGGGCUCUGCCCGAGACCUUGCCGCCCGUAGAAAUCGGAGCUUCCAUAUGGAGACGACCUCGCACAAGCUCGGGCAGUGGUUGGGCAGUGGCACUGACGUCGUCCUGCCGCGUUCUUCAACAACCAUACACUUAUCCUCACUAUGUCUGCCACCCGCCUCGCAAGUCGAACAGUGACCGCGGCCCUUCGCCCGUCGAGGACACAGGUUCGCUCAUUGCACUCGACGCUCAGGCGCGAGCAGAUCUUCCACAACGCCAACGCCGAGGUUUGUCAACUCAUACAUGUUCUUCCGCGUCUACUACCGUCUGACCCACCGCAUCUCCGAACGCCUUCGCACACAGACGUUCAAGAAGGCAGUGUCGAAUGAGGACAAAGUCGUUCUCGUAGACUUCUAUGCCGAUUGGUGUAACCCAUGCAAGAUGCUCUCACCCAUCCUCGAGAACAUCGCUACGGAUCCCGAAGUCCAAACAGCGAGCGGCGCUGGCGUAGACCUUGUCACCGUGGACACCGAUACUGAGAUGGAACUGGCGGCCGAGCACAACAUCCGCGGGUUACCCACUGUCGUGGCCUUCCGAGAUGGCAAGCCGGUCAACAAGUUCGUUGGCGCGCUUCCAGAGGCGCAGGUCCGCGCCUUUCUACGGUCCCUCUGAACACCUCGAAACUUGUACGUUUCAUUGACGAUGUCAGUUCAGCACCACGCCGGCACGUUCGACACAUCUCUAUUCCGUCAUCACACGCUAUACGCUUCCGGUGUACUGUAGCUCUACCGAUACUGAGUAAGGCGCUGGCAGUGCACACGCUUGUCAAGCAUCCGCUAUCGGGGCGCGGUGGCAAGCUACCGCGAUCGGUGGCCAGCGGCGAGUGCCUGCAUCUGCUAGGUGGGGCAUGACAGAAUCACGAUAGCGGGGCUGCGGUCAGACUGACGCAGCCUAUGCCAAUUUCGUCCCCCAACACAUCGAAGACGCUGCCCACCCGUCCGCCUCUUAUUCUCCUUCUGGUUCUCUAGGUGCUUGAGCUUACGCUCGCAAUGUCAUAGUGCACGUCAAUCCGACAUCAGUCGCCC